CCACCCACUUAAAGGCAUCUUUUUUCUUUCUUUCUUUAUAGCUUAAUUCUAACUAAACUUUGGCUUUCCUUCUGGGUUUUGAUGAAAAAGCUGAUCUUGAAAAUCCCCACAGUCAGUUUCUGUCAAUAAUCAGCUCAAGCAAGGGUUUUUUUUCCAUGAAGAAACGUCAGGUGGUGGUUAAAAGAGAUGCAUCCGGGAGAAGUUCUGGUACUUCUUCUUCAAUGGUCAGACACGUUCGAUACGUUGAGUGCCAAAGGAAUCACGCGGCGAAUAUUGGAGGAUACGCCGUGGACGGCUGCAGAGAAUUCAUGGCGAGUGGUGAAGAAGGUAUAAGUGCGCUCACAUGCGCCGCUUGCGGCUGCCACAGGAAUUUCCACAGAAGGGAAGUGGAAACUGAGGUAGUUUGUGAGUAUACUCCUCCCAAUUCAAGUUAAAGAAAAACACAUAAAUAUAUAAUUAGAGAAUGAGGUGUUAUAUGUGAAUUAACUGAUUGAUUUCUGUUAUUGCUUUAGAUGAUUUCUGUGUUGAUUUUGUAUUAUUAAUACUUAUUAAAUCAACCCACUUGACUAUUAUAAGAAAAA